AUGGUUUUUGAACCGCUUUUACUAAAACUCGCUGAAAGGGGACAUCAUGUUACUGUUGCAUCUUUUUUCCCCCAAAACAAUCCACCACCGAAUUACACCGAUAUUAGUUUCGAAGGAAUCGCUGAGAUCGGAGUGGAAAGUUUCGAUCUAAAUUGGUAUGAAAACCCUAGUUUUGUUAUGCGGAUACCGAUAAUAGGACGGAUUGUUAAGCAAUUAUCAGAGUACGAUCCCCUCGCUGGUAUGGCUUUGAAUGUUUGCAGUAAGGCAAUAGAUUGGCCGCCUUUAAAAGAAGCUCUUAAAAAUCAGUACGAUGUUGUUUUAGUCGAAAACUUUAACAGUGAUUGUAUGUUAGGUCUAUUACACGUGUACGAGAUAAAUGCACCGGUUAUCGCUUUGUUAUCCUGCACCACGAUGCCAUGGACCGCUGAGCGCAUCGGGACGACGGAUAACCCAUCGUAUGUUUCUGUUGCGAGCGCAACAUUUAUUUCACCGAUGACGUUUUUAGAACGUAUGGAAAAUACAUUUUUACUCAUUUAUCAUAAAUUAUGGUUCCGGUAUAAGAUUCAAGUAAAAGAACAGGCUCUUAUUGAAAAGCAUUUCGGUAGAAAAAUUGUAGAUCUUGAUGAUUUAGCAAGGAAUAUGUCUUUAUUGCUUGUAAACACUCAUCCAACUUUAAACGGAGCUCGGCCUCUCGUGCCGGGUCUUGUAGAAGUUGGUGGCAUGCAUUUGGGUUCAACGAAGAAAGUUAUACCUGAGGUGAGUACAUUGAGUAUAAUAUGUAUUUACUAUUUACGUAAAAAAAGU